AUGCUGCUAAUCGAUCGAAGAAACCGAAGAAGCGUUCAAAUAUUCUUGCUUCUCACCAGUUUUCUGCUCAUUUCCGGCUUCUUCUUCUCGUUUUUCAGGUAGAUUUCCAAAUUUUCUUUAAGUUCUUUUUCACUGUUGGUUUUCUUGUAGAUAUUCGGAGUGGCAAGACCCAGAUUUCUUUCCAGGUAUAAUGAAGUGAACGUAUAAAGAAACAGCCUUGAUUUUAGAAGAGGUGCACGAAAAUCAGAAAACUGAAAGGGAGAUUGCAUUUGAGAAAGUCCGGAAGCUACAGAAGGGUCACUUUUCACCAUUACUACAGAUACUUUAUUGGUUUUUCUUCGACGUUUCAGGACUAGCGGAGGAAGCAGCAGACUAUGGAGACCGUCCAAAACAAGAAAACGGAGCAGCCGGAGCAGCAUUCAAAAGUGCCAGUGCUCUUUUCCGAAGAGUGAAUGCGACGGCGUUGAGGGAAGGUGAGAAACGGCGUCCAUGAAGCCGAGAAGAAAGGUCGUUCAGCUGCAUUUGAAAGUGGAAUCGGAGGAAAGAUGACGGCUGACUCAUUCUACGACGAAAAGCUGAAGCAGAAGCAAGAGGAAGAUCGUAUCGCCGCGGGAGAAGGAGGUGGUGACGUGAUCGGAGGGCACACAGGUACUGGGGAGGAAUGCAUACCAGGCGUGACCUUCGAGAAUUCUCUAUCGGCUUCUUAGCUGUAAUGAUUCAAUACUAUCUACUGCUGCUCUUGAAGUUUGCGAUUCGCAGUUUUACGGAGGUAGAAAAAACAGUAUGAACUUCACGUUCUUUCAUGAUACUUUUCUUCUAGAAAAAAUGUAUGCGCUCCACCAGAUACUUUGAAAUUCAAGCAACAUGACUAUUUUUUUUAGAUCCUACAUCGUAUUUGUACGUCUUUUCAGAAUCUCCGAAAGUUUAGACAUUAUCUAAGAGUACAAUCUCCGUGCAAUCAAAAAUGCGCAAAAAUGUAUUCAUAAGCUUACCUUUUGAAAGCAUUCGGAAAUGAAUACAGUUCUGGAGGAAAAAGAAUAUAGUUGGAGAAAUGCAUAGAUGAAGGAGAAUAAGAUUGGUAGUGUAGCUUCCUUUCUCUCCGAUUAUAUCUGAUCGGAUCCAUCGAAACACAAUGUGCGGGAUCCGGUCGAAGUGUUGCCGAUGUUCAGGAAACAUUCUGUGCUUUGUGACGCCUUUCGAUCCAUUUGUGCAUUGGCGUGGUCGGGCGAAACAGGAAAUGAUGUGUGCGAUGAGAAGGCCAGAAUCUAAAGCUGUCUAGAAGAGUCUCUUCCACUCUCCGUGUCCAUCAAACUCUUUUUUAAAGGCGCUUAUUUUGUGUUGCGAUCUCAACGAACCGUAGUUUAUUCACCAUCUUUUAUUGCAUGUCUUUUUUGGUUAAACUUCUGAAGCUAAGGUCAAUGACACAUUCUGCUAUUUACUAUUUAGUCUAUAGCUGUAGUUCUUCAUUAUUACGCCGCCCGUGCCGCUUUCUCAGUCAGCUCCUAGAGUUCAUUCAUGCAAAGGCAUGCAACAAACGAUGCUCCUUAUGAUAUUGAGUACUUUCUCUCCAACCUCCGUGGGCAUCAAACCUAUACCCCAGAAUAUCUACUUUCCAUCUUUUGUACAUAAAAACUCAGUGGAAGCCGAGAACCGUUGAGCCACAGACCCUCAGAAUUGGCACACUCUAGAAGUGUCGCUUCAUUUUCGUGUAACUUCAAAUCUCUAGGAGAAAAACGUUCGAUCUUGUGAAUGAGAUAAUAUAUACAUUGCACGGUCUUCUCCAUGUUUCGUCGGUGGCAUCCAUGUUUCGUCGGUCGAAUAUACGAUUUCUCGAAAGAAACAAAAGCGCAGUAUCUGUGGCUGAUCUCUCCGUUUUUGGCGUCAAGCAUCGCAGCCAUCGGAACACGUCGUGCCGUGAGUAUCGUCCGUUUCCAUCUGCCUCCUGCCUUUCCGUUCAUAUCUGAUUCUUUCCGUCGCACCGUCCGUCUCCUCCUUUAUUUUUUAGUCGACGGCUUCUUCUCCCCGUCACUUGUUUCGUCGAUUCUUUCUGAUUCUUUUCGAUGCCUUCAUCGUUCGUUUGAUUUUCUCUGUUUUGGCUGGAAACGACAUGAAUCCGAGUUAUCUUUUGCGGUGGACACUUUAUGCAGUCAUCGUCAUUUCCCUCCUUAUUACUCUACAAGUUGUCUUUUCAAUACAGAACUAUGGUAAGCACAAUUCUCUCUUCAAUUACUAUAUUAAUUUAAAGAAGAUCUGUCAAAACUGUGCUUUUUUUCGAAGGUUAUCAACAAGCUCAGAAAGCAUACAGUCAUCAAGUAUUCAUUAUUUCAAACUUUCAGAACAAGAAGAAACGGGAGGCGAAGAAGCUAUCGAAGUUAUUCGAAAGAACGAGACGGUCUCGUUGGAUCUGGUCGGAAAGUCGGCGGCCGUGCAGACGUGGCUGGCCAAACAGGAAGGCGUCCAGAAGCCGCUCUCCGCUUUCGAAUCCUCUUUGAAAGUGGAAGAAGUGGAAAUGAAAAGCAAGAGAAGAAACCCAAAGUUCGAGCCAAUUGACCCGGAAGUGGAGAAACGGAAUAACCGAGUGCAUCAGUUCAAGUUCGUGCAAUGA